GCCGACGCCAUCGAGCCGCGCUACUACGAGAGCUGGACGCGGGAGACCGAGUCCACCUGGCUGACCAACACGGACUCGGAGAGCCCGCCGCAGGGCGACGGCGCCGAGCCCGCCCCGCGCCCCGGUAUCUUAGAAGAUGGAAAAUCCACUCAGACGGGUGUAACUACAGCAUCAGCCACAACUGGAAUUCUGAGCACAGAGAAAAAGGCCAGCGGUGGCUCUCAGAGGGCCAGCGCCGCGCCGCCCGCCGCGCCGGCCGCGGCACCGAGGCCCAGCAGCUUCCGGACGGCAGAGAGCAAGCGGGACACAAAGAAAAUGCCCACAAAAGAAGUCACCAUUAACGUCGCAAAGAGCAUCAGACAAAGCGACAGAAGGUUAGCAAAGAAUUGCGUCAACUAAGGACGCAAAGUGAAAGUGAGGAUGGACCUACCAACACUUCGCUGCA